GCCCUCUCCUGACGCAACAAGCGCGACAGCUUUCUUCGGCCGAAUCAGUUUCGGUGUCUCGCGCUCACAUGUGUCGGUUGUGCGGUUAACAUAUUUUCGUAUUUAUUGCCCGUAUUUAUUAAUUUAUUACCGUGAAAAAAUGAAGGCCGCUUCGAACCCGAACAAUCCCAACCUCCUGAAGCUCAUCGUCGCCGCGGAAAUCGCUGGCAAGGAGCUAACGCUCGAUGACAAAACCGAGCCGAAACAGAGCUCGUUAAAUCGACUGCCAGUGCUGAAAUUAGAAUCUUCAGAUGAGCUGUUCAGUGUCAGUGCAGCGGUACAGUACCUUGCACCGGUUAGCGAGGAGAAUAUUGUUGCUGCUAACAGAUGGCUCGAGUGGGAUGCUUCACAGUUGCAGCCUGCGAUAGUUUCAUAUGGUGGAUCUGGGAAAUUGGAUGUAUCGCACAAGCCCCGAAUAUGGUCUCUUCUGAAGGAACUGAACACGGCAUUGAAAGAUGCACAGUACUUAAUUAAGGAUAAGGACAACCUAACAGUAGUAGAUGCAUCUAUCUGGGUGACAUUGUGGUCUACAGUAGUGGUUACCGAGAUAGGUGAAGUGAUUACUAAAGAAUUUGCCAAUGUUGAUAAGUGGUUGAAGGAUAUUCAAAGUUUACCUGCUAUCCAGAAGUCAUUGAAGAAAAUUAAGUUAGAAAGAGGAGUCCAAGCUAUUAUUUCAAUUAAUGCCGCAUCUUGGUUCCCUCUCAAUUCAUACACCGGUGCUGGAAAAUCUCAGAGUGCACCAACAGGCGAUGGUAGCCCAUCUGAGGAGAAGGAAGAUAAAGCAAUCACGCAGGAAGAAAUGGAUUCUGUUAAAAAUAACUGGACAUCGAUUACUUAUUCCUCCAUCAAAGAAGCUUCUUACCCCGUGUUACCACAGAAAGGAGAGAAAAAUGUUUUAAUCACUUCAGCUCUUCCAUAUGUAAAUAAUGUUCCACACUUAGGAAAUAUAAUUGGUUGUGUUUUGUCUGCAGAUAUCUUUGCAAGAUAUUGUCGACAAAGAAAUUAUAAUACUCUCUACAUAAGUGGAACUGAUGAAUAUGGUACUGCAACUGAGGCUAAGGCUCUUGAAGAGAAAUUGACUCCCCAGCAAAUCUGUGACAAAUUUUUCGACAUUCACAAUGACAUUUACAGAUGGUUUAGUAUUGGUUUUGAUUAUUUUGGUCGUACGACAACCCCUGAACAAACGGAGAUUGUUCAGGCUAUGUUUUUAAGAAUAAAGGAACAAGGCUACAUUUUGCCUAAAACAGUGGAUCAGUUACUUUGUGAAAAAUGCGAAAGAUUCCUGGCGGACAGAUUUGUAGAAGGAACGUGUCCUAGGUGUAAAUACGAAGACGCGCGAGGUGAUCAAUGCGAUGGUUGUGGACAUCUUGUCAAUGCUACAGAACUCAUCAAUCCAAGAUGUAAAGUGUGUAGCACAAAGCCAGUAAUCAAGGCUUCAACUCAAUUCUUUUUGGAUUUACCCAAGAUUCAAGAGGGUUUGAAGCAGUGGGCAACAGAAGCAGAAGGUGGCUGGUCAUCAGUAGCUCGCGCAGUUACCAAGCCUUGGUUGAGAGAUGGUUUGAAACCCAGAUGUAUUACAAGAGAUCUCAAAUGGGGAAUACCAGUACCACUGGAUGGCUACAGGGACAAGGUUUUUUAUGUGUGGUUUGAUGCUCCUCUUGGUUAUCUCAGUAUUACAAAGAAGUACACCAAGGAAUUCGAAAAGUGGUGGAAACCCAAUGGCGUCGAUGUAAGCCUUUAUCAGUUCAUGGCUAAAGACAACGUUCCUUUCCAUGCUAUUAUGUUCCCAGCAACGCUCUUGGCAGCUGAUCAAGGUCACACGCUUGUGAGGCAUAUUAUGGCUACUGAGUAUCUCAACUACGAAGAUACAAAGUUCUCGAAAUCUAGAGGUAUUGGAGUAUUCGGUACAGAUGCGAGAGAUACUGGUAUACCAGCCGAUGUCUGGCGUUUCUAUCUGGCUUACAUCAGGCCAGAAACUAUGGAUUCCAACUUUAAUUGGGUUGAUUUAGCCACUAAGAAUAAUAGCGAAUUAUUGAAUAAUCUUGGAAACUUUGUAAACAGAGCUCUCAUGUUUGCGGAGAAGAAUUUCAAUUCGAAAAUCCCAGAAAUGGAAUUGCUCGAAGAUGAUUUGCAUGUCCUUGCUCUGGUGCAACGGGAACUGACUAGUUACAUUACCCUUUUGGAACAAGCAAGAUUACGUGAUAGUUUGAGACACAUAUUAGCUAUUUCUAAGCAUGGAAAUCAGUACAUGCAGUCCCAGCAACCAUGGGUCAAAGUUAAAGGAAGUGAAGAAGACAAGAAAAAGGGAGCAACUGUUAUAGGUGUUUGCUGCAAUCUCGCCUGUCUUCUGUCUGCAUUGCUAGCCCCAUUCAUGCCAAACACAGCUCGGGAAUUGAGAGCGCAAUUGGGAUUGCCCAAACAAAACUAUGGCUAUAUUCCGGAGGUUCUCUCUAUCAUGCUGCCAGCCGGUCACAGUAUUGGCAAACCUUCUCCGUUAUUCACGAAAAUAGAGGAUAAGCAAGUUGAGGAGUUAAGAAAAAAAUACGCUGGAAGACAAGAGUCAACACCUCCUAGAGAAACCGUGGCGGUGCCAACUGACGUCGCAUCUUUAGAGGCGGCGGUUGCGAAACAAGCCUUACUAGUCAGAGAUCUUAAAGCAAAACAAGAUAAAAGCGUUUGGCAACCACAAGUACAGAUUCUUUUGGAUUUAAAGAAAAAGCUAGCCGAAGCUCAAAGCAAGGGUAACCAAGCUGGAGCAGCAAAAGAUAACAAAGCGCAAUCGGCAACAGCUCCUCAACAGAACGGCAAUGUAACCGCAGAAAUUGCUGAGCUAGAAGCAGCAGUAUUAAAACAGGGCAAUCUUGUUAGAGACUUGAAGGGUAAGGGUGACAAGAGCGUGUGGCAACCCCAAGUGGAAAUUCUUCUGCAGUUAAAACAAAAGUUGUCCGCACUGACAGGCGCCCCAGCCGCAGCGCCGGCCGACAAAAAAUCUAAAAAGAAAAAGUAAAGAAAACACUUCAGGGAUGAUACGUGAAAAAGAGAAACAAUCUUGUGUUCUGGGAACAAAAGUGCACGGAUCAAUAUUUUUCAAUUAAAGUAGUUUCGUAUGGAGUAUGACUUCUAUUUUUAUGAGUAUGAAUUUUCCAUGCGGCAAUAAAUAAAAAAAAAAUAGCAAUUUGGAUUGUAUUGUUUGAGCGAUUGAUUGUGAUUAAAAACAGUAAUAACGUUUUUGAUAUAAACUUUUCUUGUUAAUAUUAUCUUUGAUUAAAUGGAUGACAAUGAUACGUCUUUUGAAUGUAUUUUUGAAAGAACGCACUUUUUCCCCACUAAAGUCGACUGCUUAAUUGAUUAUUUAAUGGCACGUUAUAAACGCAUGCACAAUUAAAUGCUUCAAAGUUAUAUUUAAAAAAAUGAUGUAUAUAAUCGUAAUAAAACCCAGCGAAAUUUAUUUAAAAAUAAAAGUUAUGAUACGUUUUUUUAAAAGACUUGUAGAUUUUAAUAGCGAAGGUGCAUAGACCUAUAUAUAUAUAUACUUUAAGUCAUCAAACGUUUUGUUAAUGAAAAUGAGUGAUUGAAUUAAUUACAAAUUAUUCAAAGUUUUACUAUAUAUCCUUUGUGAAUAAAUAAAUACAGCUAAA